UGUCAUGCAAUCUUCAUUGGUCUAAAGAUUACCUAACUCUUUUACGAAACACAGGUUAACUUAACUAAGGGUCGUGAAGGCAGUAUCAUAUGCGUUUGUGGUGGAACUACAUGUAAGACCUUAAGAGUGGGCUUUGAAAAGCUGUGUAUUAUCCUAUGACCAUGGCUUCAAAGUAAAUCAUGGGUUAUAGCACUGUAUUUUGAAGAAAGAGGAAAAUGAGCUCAAAAGACUUGUACAAACCAGCAAACAGAAAUAUAGGAUUUGACAAGAACGUGUGGGUUGAGUUUACUGCUUUAGCAAGAGACUAUAAAGCAGUGAACUUAGGACAGGGAUUCCCAGACAUGCCCCCUCCUCACUUUGUCAAAGAAGCGCUUGGUAGGGUGGCUGCAUGUACUGACUUUGCUGUUAAUCAGUAUACAAGAAGUCAGGGUCACCCAAGACUAGUUAAUGCCCUUGGAAAGCUUUACACCCAGUUGAUGAAGAGAGCUAUUGAUCCUUUAUCUGAGAUUUUAGUCACAGGAGGAGCCUACGAGUCACUGUAUUGUUCAUUUUUGGGUUUAGUGGAUCCUGGUGAUGAGGUAAUCCUUAUUGAGCCAUAUUUUGACUGCUAUGUACCUCAAAUAUCAGUGGCUGGUGGGAUACCAAAGUUUGUCCCUUUGAGGGCUAAAGAAAAUGCUACCUCAACAAAGGACUGGAUUUUAGACAAAGAUGAACUGGAAGCAGCCUUUAGUGAGAAAACCAGAGCCAUUGUUAUUAACACUCCACAUAAUCCCAUUGGCAAGGUAUUCAGUAUGGAGGAGUUGCAGUUAAUUGCUGAUUUAUGUAAGAAAUACAAUGUCAUCUGUAUCAGUGAUGAAGUUUAUGAGUGGCUUGUCUAUGGUGGAGAACAGCACUUAAGGAUUGCUACACUUCCUGGUAUGUGGGAAAGGACAAUAACAGUUGGCAGUGCAGGGAAGACCUUUAGUAUCACUGGCUGGAAGCUUGGCUGGUCAAUUGGUCCUAAGGAAUUAAUUAAAAACUUGCAGACAACUCAAGCACAAAUUACUUAUAACCUGGCAACUCCCACACAGGAAGCCCUUGCCCAAGCCUUUGAACAUGAAAUUCCUCUUAUUGACACAGAAAAGUCAUAUUUCACAGGACUUAGAAGCAUGUUGGAGAGAAAACGGGAUGUGAUGGCUAAACUACUGACUGAAGUUGGUUUUAAGCCAGUCAUUCCUCAAGGAGGUUACUUUAUGAUGGCUGACACAUCAGGCAUUGAUGUGAACUUUGAUGAAUAUGAUAAAAGUGAUGACCCUCCUGACUAUAAAUUUGUACGAUGGUUGACAAAAGAGAAGGGAAUUGCAGCUAUACCUCCAUCAGCUUUCUAUUCCCUUGAACAUAAAUACAUGGGAGCCAAAUACAUUCGAUUCUGCUUUAUAAAGGAGGACAGUACUUUAGAGAGUGGAGCAAAAAAGCUUAAGGAAUGGAAAGCUGAAUUGGGGAAAUGAAAAUUAGUGUAAAGGUCAGGUCUGAAAUAAAGUAGUGUGUGGUUUCCUCUCUCUACUCAUAAAAAAAAGAUGAUUUACAAUGCAUUAACUGUAGAAAAUCAUCAUAUGAUCAUGCCUACAUCUUCUUAAUGGUACUAUCAUAUAAGGGGGUAGAGUUUUUAUAUAAAACCUUUAAAAAGUAUAUUUUUAGGAAUUAAACUGAGGACUGAGAUUCUUUUGCCAUAAGACAAAUAAACAAAUUAAAUUCUGGAGUAUGGGUGGCAGCUGUAGAUUGUUAAGUUCAAAGGUGCUGCUUCUUUUUGAAUAUUAAGAGAAUUUUAAUGUAGAGUAACUGUCCAUGACUAUUGAGUUAAGUCAUGGAUACAUGUAGAAUUCUGAGACAUCCCUGACUUGUCAUAUGCAGUGACCAAGGGGUGGUCAGUUGAGAAAAACUACCACUUGCUGUAACCCUUUAUUCCCUAACAUCAGCAUCCAUAUUCUCCAUACUCCUCCUAAUAUAUUUUCUUUGGUACUGACAAGGAGAAUUGGUUUUAAUUAACAAUCAAAGUCUCUUAAGUUGGUGAUCAUUUUCUUUAUUCUCAUAAUCUUAGUGAAUGACUAAGUGGUUUUUCUGUAGGGAGAAAUAAGAUGCUGGUCGCUCUUAGGGUUUAAAAGGUUAACAAUAAACUUGAAUUUACCUAGAAUUCAUUGGUCAUGGAAUCAUGAACCACACACAAGGCAGUGUUUGAAACCUGACUAACAGGAAUCCUCAAUUAAUUGAAAAGAAAAACAAUUAUUAUACUUUGCUAUUAAUAGUAAGUAUCUCUGGGUUAGAAUGCAUCAAAUUUCAAACAACUUGGCAUGAAUCUUGGCCAACUUUCAUGUGUUACUAUUCAAUGGAAGACACUUAAAUUCAUGCUGAAUUAUUUGGGAAGAACUAUUUGUUCUUGGUGGUAGUGUGAAACAGAAUUAUCCAACACCAUGAUAAUUAAAUAAAGAGAAAAUGUAGUGUACUGAAACAAUAACUACAAAAUGUUAUUUUCUAUUUGGUUCUUCAGUGUUCUGACUUAAUUGUCACACACAUGUACUGGUAAAAAAAUGUGGGAAUUGUUUUGUUUGAUUUGUGACUUAUGCCAAACACAGAAAAUAAUAAGGAAAUAGUUGUCACAAUUACAUUGUAUUUCUGUGUUUUCAAAGUCCCCUUAUAGAGGGCUUUCCUAGCAAAAUUAACUAUCAUACAUCCAUUGAAACAGUCAAUAAAAGAACUCAAAGUGUUA